UCACGGCGCACUGGACUGAAUAUUUAUCUUCGCAUUGACCUAUAUUGGUUAAUCAUCAACUUGGCAUUUGCUGCUUUGCUGACUAUAUGUAUGUUACUCGGCAAGCAUGAGACAUUCCAAACACGAAGCAGCAAUAUGAAGGUUAUAUCAGCCGGCUUUCCAAAAACUGGAACCAAGACUAUGACUGUUGCUUUAAAAACAUUGGGAUUUAAUGUUUACGAUUACAUGGAAAACAGUACAAUUUUAGGCAAAGAUUGGGAAAAGAUAUUUAAAGCUGGCGGCACCACUGAAGAUUUUCGAAGAAUGUACGAAAAUGUGGAUGCUGUGUCUGACGUACCACCAUGCUAUUUCUGGGAAGAACUUCAUAAAGCCUUUCCGGACGCAAAAAUAAUUUUGACUACCAGGGAUGAAGAUUCAUGGUUUAAGAGUUUAGUAACGCAGAUGCGAUCGGUUGAAUCGAGCUGGACUUUGAAAUUAAUGUCACUCCUAACACCUUCUGGAUAUUUGUCAUUCAAUAUUCUAUCGGAUCAUUGUGUUGGUCGGGUAAUAUUUGGUCUUAGAGAUUCAUUGUUCUGGAAGCCAUUCAGACGAGUGACUCUAAACGAGCUACUUCUAAAAUUAAAAUUUAGAAAGCACAACUCACACGUAAUCCAGAAUGCACCUCCUGAAAAACUUCUGGUUUACAAUUAUCGUCAAGGAUGGGAACCUCUUUGCAAGUUUUUGGGGGUCCCCGUACCUGACGUACCAUUUCCUCACAAGAAUAAAGGCGCAAAUCUUGUUGACGAAUAUCUUGCCACUGAUCCGAUCAUGAUCAAGAUUGAAAAAGAAUUGAUGCUGUCGUUGGCUACCAUAUUAGUUCUUUGUUGCAUUGGUGGAUACUGUUUAUUCAGUUGGGGGCCAACAAAUAUCUGGAACUUUCUAUGCAGUGCAGUUGAAGCAUCAUGGAAUAAACUUGUUUAAUUUUCUUAAUAAUUCUAACAUAUUAAUUUAC